UCGUCGUCGCACGUGUGUUGUUGAGUCAACCGAGUUACAGUGUUGUUAGCUGUAAAAUGGCAAAGGUUUCGGCGAAAAAACGGAAAACGAAGGGUCACAUGAAGAGUCCGAGCGUCACAGACAACAACCCAGACGUAAGCUACGAUUUCGUCGAAGAUGGCUUCACCAAAGCUGAUGAGACUAUGGCUAGUGACUCUGAGCAAGACAGCGAUGAUGAACGCAAACGACAAAAGCUGGUGGAGGCUAUCAGCGCCCUCGGAGGAGGGAGACGGAAGAAAAAGCUCGGGGAGCGAUCGGAGCCGGCCAUCCAGAAGUCGGAAUUUACGGUCAAUGCAGAGGGUGAGGGCGACAAAAUAAACUUGACCGAUCUAAUGAAGUCCAUGCACAAAGUAGCGUCUGUCUCGACCCAGGCCAAGAAGCAGCUGAAAAAACUCCAGCAAAAUAAUAAAACAAUUGAAUGCCCCCUUAGCAGGCAGGAAAGUGAGAGGAUCCAAAGAGAUGUGGCCUUUACGAAAGUAGCAACAAAGGUCACGCAGUGGCAGAGUGUGAUUCAACAGAACCGGAAGGCUGAACAACUUAUUUUCCCUUUGAAUCGGGAGCCAUCUGGCCCUAAACCUAUGGAGAGGGUUGUCACGGCGUGGAAAGCACAAACUCCCCUUGAACAGGAAAUAUUUUCCCUGCUGUCUGCCAACAACCAACCAACCAAUGACCCCAUUUUAACCCCUGCCGAGGAGGCUUCCAUGAAGGCGAUGAGUCUGUUGGAGGUGAAGAUACGCCGCGCUGAGCUUCAGAAAGCCAGGGCUCUGCAGACCUACUACGAGGCCAAAGCCCGGCGAGAGCGGAAGAUCAAGAGCAAGAAAUACCACAGAGUUCUCAACAAAGCAAAGCGCAAAGAAUUCCUCAAGCGUUUUGAAGAGAUGGUGAAAAAUGACCCGGCGGCUGCUUUAGAGGAGAUUAACAAAAUGGAAUUGGCGAGGAUGCAAGAAAGGAUGUCGUUAAAACACCAGAACAGCGGCAAGUGGGCAAAGUCCAAGGCCAUCAUGGCAAAAUAUGACGAAAGUGCUCGCAAAGCAAUGCAGCAGCAGCUGGAGGUCAACAAAGACUUGACGCAGAAACUCUCCAUUGCUUUGAAUGAUGAUAACGAGGAAACUGAAACCCCGGAAAACUUGCCUGAUUUUGUCAACGAAGCGCCGCUGGGGACUGAUUCAAAUCCCUGGAUGAAAGGAAAGCUGUCUGAAGAACCUGCCGAGACAAAGGGAGAGACACACAACCUCAACUUGACCGCCGAGUUGACCGAAACUGCGGCAAAUGUAGAAGAGGAAGAAAGUGACGUCGAGGAAACUGAAGAAGAAUCCCUGCUGCGGGAGUUCGAUAAUCGUCGGAAAAUGCGGCACGGUCCUGACACGCUUACAUUUGAAAAAGAGGACAGGCAAAUGUCAGAGGUCUGUGCAAAAGCGGCCCCCGUUGAGGAGUCUGCAGACGCUUCUCUUCAGCUGGUGGAAGGCCAGACGGACCAAAUGCAGCCUUUGGAGUUCAUGGAGCUCCUCAACCAAGUGGAGUCAGUUCAACCCGAUCAAACUCCCGUUGAGCCGCGGCCGUCCUCAGACCAAGCGCAGAAAAAACAACCAAAAGGAAUAACGCUGAAAGACACGCUCACCAAAGAUGCAAAUCCCAUUCUUGUCCCGCUCGCUCCGACCGCCGUGGCCGCGGAGGACUCGGACGAAACGCUCACUCAGACGGGCCUCAUUCAAGAAGCAUUCGCCGGAGAUGACGUCAUCUCUGAAUUCAUGAAGGACAAGAAGAAUCAGGAGGACGCGGACAAGCCCAGCGUGGUGGACAUGACGCUGCCCGGCUGGGGGGAGUGGGGCGGGGCGGGCCUCAAGCCCUCCCGCAGCAAGCGCAGGAGGUUCCGAGUGAAAACGGCCCCGCCUCCACCCAGGAAAGAUGAAAAACUGCCCGGCGUCAUCCUCUCCGAGAAAAGGAACAGCUCGCUCAGCCUUCACCAGGUGAACACGCUUCCGUUUCCUUUCACCAGUCACACUCAGUUUGAGAGCACCCUGCGCUCUCCCCUGGGACGCACCUGGAACACUGAACGCGCCGUUAAAAAGCUCACCAAACCUAAAGUGAUCACCCAACUGGGUACCAUCAUUGAGCCGAUGACUCGAGAGGAACUGAUGAAGGACAAGAAAACGUGCCCGAGGGAUGCGAGUGAUAAGAAAAUGAAAAGGAAACAUUUCUGAAAUGUGGGAGGGGUGGAAGUUUUCAGAACAUUUUCAUGGGAAUGUAAGAUGGGGAAUUUCGUAAAUUGGGGGAAUCUAUAUAGUAUAAAUUUACUCACCAUCACACCACAUUCUAAACAUUUGAAU